AUGUCAGUCAUCACAACGUCCCCCUCCACUGCCCUAGUUGGUGGGCACUACGACACCAAUACGUCACCCCACACCAAAUCAGACCUCAUUUCCCCGGACGAAGCUACCACAGUCUCUCGAGGUUUCGACGCCGCCUCCCGGCUCUUGUCUGCUGGCGGUUCUCAAUACAAGCGCAUCAAAGCAGACGUUGCAAAGCACCUAUACUCUGAGAUCUUUCAGGGAGAUGGGACCGGAGCGGGCUUCGACCAAGCGGAGCUUGAAGAAAUCAGUCGACAGGAUAGAGAAACCUUCCAGCAGGCCAGCAAUGCCUUCGACGAGCUCGAGGGGCUCAAGUCACAGUUGAGAGCUAUUGAUCAGCGUACGGAUGGUGCAGUAUCUGGCGGAUUCGCCGAGAUCUUUGAGGAUUUUGAUCAGGCCGAUCAAGAUGGACCCAGGGAUGGAUCCACGCCGAAGCAGGUGGCAGAGUAUCCUGCCCAGCCCGAGGGUCGCGAGCUGGCCGGACGACCUGACGAGAUCUACGAGGGCUAUGACCUUUCUUCCAUCGAAGACGAGCUCGCUCUGUCGUCUCUGUAUAGCAGCAAUGGCGAAGCCUCGGAUUUGUCGACUGGAUGGGACAAGAGCUUGACUGGUCCAGAGUACAAACAAGUCCAAGGUCCGCCUCCUCCCCGCCAUCCUGAGCACAGCGAGAUGACGGCACUACCGGAGCGCUCCCAGCAGCAGAUUUCCUACCACAUGGGCGAAGACGGACUUGAGUCGCAACCGCCCAGCAGGGUUCAACGUGGUAUCUCAGCCCCUCCUAACCGUUCACAAAUGGACUUCAACGCGUUGAAGAACUGGUAUCUCACCCGAGUCUCGCGUCGUACCGGAGAGCCAAAGACUAUGUUCGAUCUCAACCAGACUGUUUCGGAGCCGCUAUCGGUGCCCGACUUUGCUUCCCGCGCACCCCGCGCCCAGCCUAGAACAGACCGAGGCUACGCCCCAAGCGCUGCUCCGUCCCAGGUCUCAAUGAUCUCUGGCGCAGCUUCCAACGACCUGGACCGCUUCUUCUCCUUUGGUGGCGACGCAGCUCAAACAAUCCAAUCCGCCCUUCAAUCCGGUGCCGAAGGGGAGUUUGCCGAGAUGGAGACGGAGGAUGGGGGCGUUGUGACGAGGGGGCAAGCGUCGGGUGUCACGGCUGAUGGAAGGAAGUUUACGAUGAUGGUUUCAAAGUCCGUUUCUUCAACAAUGGGGGGGACCGGCAGAAGUCGGGCUGCUAGUCUCUUUGGCGGACCUCUCACAGCACAGAGAUCUUUCAUGUAG